CUGGUUGUUGUAGGAUCACCUCGCAAGCUUCUUACUCAGGCGAUGGCGAUUCGGCUUAGAUACAUCACAAGCCUCGGCUCAUAGUUUUAGCGGGGCGAAGCUGUUGCAUCUCACAACAUUCUUCCAGCACUUCUUUUCCCACAAACACACAAUACAUUGACCAUGGCAGGCAGCAGUACAUUCGCCUGGGCUCACGCCCUCCGCGUCGACUCCACCAAAUCGCCCUUCACCUCACCAAUCGCAAACACUCACAAAGCCUUCGCAAACGUCAAACCCGUCUCCUGGAAACGAUACAACAUUGGCGGAAUUCUGACGACAGUCUACGGCAUGGAAGAGCUUCCCCAACAUCCCGAAGAAAUCGUAGCAUUCUGGCUAUUACAUGGAAGAGGUGAUACACAAGAUAGCAUGGCAUACACUGCUGCGGCAUUGAUUGAAGCGUGGAAUUCUAAGAGGAAGUCACAAAGCCAGAAAGGCCUCAUAUGCGUCAACUUUGAUCAACGGAAUCAUGGCUCCAGAAUGGUUGAGAACGACAACAAUGUAUCGUGGAAACAGGGGAAUCCGACACACGGGCAAGAUAUGUUCGCGACGUAUGUCGGUACGGCCAACGAUUUGAGUCUCCUCAUUACCCAGAUUCCCUCAUACCUACCUUUCAAAAUCCACGAUCACUUCUGCGGAGGCGUCAGUCUAGGUGGACAUGCGACAUGGGUUGCAUUGAUGAAAGAGCCUCGGAUAUCAGCUGGCAUGGUGGUGAUAGGUUGUCCGGACUACGUACGACUCAUGACCGAUCGAGCAAUCCGGAGUAGAGUGCGAACAGCCAUUGCAUCUGAUCCUCCGGGGAAAGAUUUUCUGGGAUCGAGCGAUUUUCCGCAAUCAUUACUUGCGGCGAUUGAACAGUACGAUCCUGCCGGGAUUUUGAUGAGUGAACUGGAUGUCUUCUCGGGUGACGAUCAUCUGCAUCCUCCUUCGGAAAGGGAAGCGAAGGUUUUGAGGUCUGUGGUCGAGCGAACGUUGGCAGGAAAGAAGAUCAUUUGUUUGAGUGGAGGGAAGGACAAAUUGGUACCGCCUGCACAGGGCAAGGUAUUCCUGGACUGGUUGAAGAGGGGGAUUGCUGAAGGUGGCUGGGCUGCAGAUCAGGGAAUUGUCGUUGAAGAUGUUGUGGACUCGAGUGCUGGGCAUGAAUUUUCUGCUUUAAUGAAGAAAGAGGCGGAGCGCUGGGUGUGCGAGGUAUUAUCGGAUGAUGACAGGCGGACGCAUAGGGAUAGCAAGCUGUGAGGAGGUGGAUACAUCACUACCAUCAUCGCCGCACUCUGUUCUGUCGAGAACAGCGGAACCGAGCUCAAUCCCAGAGGGAGAAACGUUGGUUGUCAGAUUUUUCCGAUGACUCCGGUCCGCCACUUCAGCUGAACCAAGCCAGUCAGUACGUUCGGAGUCUGGCAUGGACCUCAGAGA